CGUGGCUCAGGGAGCACGGUGAUCGCCGGUCCGCUGUGUCACAGCUGAUCACAUGGGACAUGUACACUGAUCAUCAGGGCACUGAUGAUCAGUGUGCCCUGAUGAUCAGUGUGGCCCCAGAAGUGCCACCUGUCAGUGCUCAUCAGUGCCAGUGCCCAUCAGUGACACGUGCCCAUCAGUGCCACAUAUCACUGCAUACCAGUGCACAUCAAUGCCACAUAUCAGUGCCCAUCUGAGCUGCUUUUCAAUGUCACCCAUCAGUGCCAGUCAGUGCCACCUAUCAAUGCCAAUCAGUGCCACAUAUCAGUGCUGCCAGUCAGUGCCACCUAUCAGUGCCAGUCAGUGUCGCCUAUCAGUGCCAGUCAGUGCCGCCUAUCAGUGCCAGUCAGUGCCGCCUAACAGUGCCAGUCAGUGCUGUCUAACAGUGUCAGUCAGUGCCGCCUAUCAGUGCUGCCUAUCAGUGCCAUAUAUCAGUGUCAUGUAUCAGUGCUGCCUUUCAGUGCCCAUCAGUGAUGCCUGUCAAUGCCCAUCAGUGCAACCUACCAGUGUCCAUCAGUGCAGCCUAUAAGUGCCCAUCACUGCAG